ACCGCCCGGCGCGCGAUGGUGUCUGCCCGGGGCGCCGCCCGCCGCGGAGCGCUGCUGCUGCUGCUACUGGCGGCUGCGCUCGGGGCCUGCGGACCGAGCCUCGUCCGUGCCGCAGCAUCGUGUCCUCGGAGCCUGGACUGUGCUCUGCAGCGCCGGGAGUUCUGCCCGCCGGGCUCGGGAGCCUGCGGCCCCUGCCUGGCCUCCUUCCAGGAAGAUGAGCAUGGGCGAUGCGUCCAGAAGCAGCUCCCUACCAGCGGGCGGACAUCCCUUUCCACCUUGGAGAAGGAAAUCGAUUUCCUGGCAGAUGUGCUGGCCAGGCAAGAGGCUCCUCGCUCCCACCCACUGAGGGAUGGCAAGCUCAGGUCCACCCCGGUCCCUGCCAGCAGCAGACAGCGUGUGGCCAGUGGGCUGAGACUGGGGCUGCUGCAGCAGGGUCCUGCCGGCAGCAAGGCAGCCACCACCCUCCCCACCGCCACCAUCCAGAAGUACCCGGUGGAGGCAUCCCCCAUCCCUUCCAGUGAUGAUGUGGUGCUCGGGCUGAUCGUGGUGUGCACGCUGGCUGGGCUUUCGGCGCUGGCUGUGGCAGGGGUGUGCUGGUGCAGGCUACAGAAGGAGGUCAGGCUGGCACAGAAAGUGGACUACUCAACACAGAGAGUGGCCAGCCCCCUGCCCUAUGACAAGAUCUCGCCCGGGGACAAGACACUGGCUCAGAGUGCCCAGAUGUACCACUACCAGCACCAAAAGCAGCAGAUGCUCUCCAUGGAAAAGCAUAAAGAGGAGCCCAAGCUGCCAGACUCAGCAUCAUCGGAUGAGGAGAAUGAGGAUGGAGACUUCACUGUGUAUGAGUGCCCUGGGCUGGCUCCGACCGGAGAAAUGGAAGUGAGAAACCCGCUGUUUGACGACUCCUCCUUACACCCCUCCAACCCCAAGUCGCACCAGUAACACCCCUCUGACCCCAGCUCGAUACAGACUGUGUGCCCGGCACCACACCGAUGGGCACCCGCAGCCGGGUGAAGGGGCUCUGCCGGACUGUUCGACGCCUGCCCAAUAAACAUCCACUAACAGCUA